UACGAUGCCCAAUACUUCAACGCGUCCAUCGAGCAACGGGUGUCAUCAUUCUGCAGGGAAGAUUAUAUCUUCCCACUUUCCAAAUAUUCGUUGGAUAAGGGGAGCUUCCUAUAUAACCGGCUAGGUCUCCCUUCCUUUUCUCCUCAAUCCCUCAAACACUUGCGUUCGAGACUAAGUUUCUGAAAAGUUGCAAUGCGAUUCUGGAGUGCCUUCGCCCCACUUGCUCUGCUUCCAAUCGUCGCGGCUGAUUUCUUCGCGGGCGACAUUGCUUGCACUCCACCACAGGCGCCUAAUGUUACGGACAUAACUGGAACGACUGGGAUUUUGUUCACGGAAGGGCAACUAAAGGAUUGCGUUGCUCUCGUGAACGCGAUGGAUCCGAACAUUGCAGCAUACGGUCCCACAGCGACAAUGAAGGGCACUAUUUGCCAAGAUAAAGAAGUCACAGUGGAUGUCGCAAAGAUGGCGUGGAGUUCCGCCCAGCCCGGAGUGGGUGGAAGUUGCAAGACCUACAGCCACGUGGUAGACACAUGCGUUGCAACGCAGGGCGCAAAGUUCAACCAAUCGUGCACUUAUAGUGUGGAGAUGGUUUGCGGUGGUGGGCCCGUCUGCUAGUAGCACCAGGAUCUGGUGGAGUAGCGACCCCAUGCCCGAGGCUGGAGUCCUACCAAGUAGAAAUUACAGUGUGCGCGAAUACAUUUACGUUCAAAAGUCGGGUCAACAGAAAGGG